AAGUUGUUCCGUCUCAUCCCUAAUUUUAGGUGGUUGAAUUAUUUGCAGUUUUCCCCUAAUCGCGCCAAACGCUGCGCAUUCCACCACUUUUGAGAUAUUGACACGAAGCGAAGUCAAAUCAACUGAGUUGAAUUGUUAAAAUGAGUGAGUUAAACGCUACAAAUGGCGGCGGAGAAGGCGAGGAGGGCAAUCCUCUCGAGCAGUCGACGAUUACGAUGCUGGAUGUCCUGGAGCAGGAAAAGGAACUGGAGGACGAGUAUGCCGCGGUGCUGGGCGCCUCCGAUGAGAAGUCCUGCACGUAUGUAAAGGGGCCGAUUGGCCGGCAGGCCCUCUACUCCUGCCUCACUUGCUGCCCCGAGGCUCGCGAGGAUCUCUCAGAGGCCGCAGGAGUCUGUUUGGCCUGCUCUUAUCGUUGCCACGAGCACCACGAACUGGUGGAGCUCUACACCAAGCGGAACUUCCGCUGCGAUUGCCCCACCCAAAGGUUGGGCAAGUGCUGUCUCAACCCACAGCUCGAUGGCGUCCAGCCGAAGAACGAGGGUAAUCUCUACAACCAGAACUUCCAGGGGCUGUAUUGCAAGUGCAAGCGACCGUAUCCCGAUCCCGAUCGCACCGUCGAAGAGGUGAUGCUGCAGUGCGCCAUCUGCGAGGACUGGUACCACUUGCCGCACAUGAAGGCGCCCGGUUCCAGCGAGAAGUGGCUGGAUUCCUGCAGCGAAAUGAUCUGCGAUGGCUGCAUGGAUGCCAAACCUUUUCUAAAGGACUACACUGGUCUGGCCAUGCAGCCGGUGGUGGAGGGUUCCAAGGAUGGCAAGCCGGAGGUAGAGGAUAGCCAGCUAAAGAACGAGUUGGACCGCAGCAUCUGCGAUAUUAUGAAGGUUGCAGAGGGCGAAACUUCAGCGGAAGAUGAGGGCGAGCCCAGCCAAAAGCGUGCCAAGCUGGAGGACUGUCGUCGUCCAACACCAAAAAAGGAGCACCAGGGUGCUGCCUUCUGGACUAAUGACUGGCGCAAAUCGCUGUGCCAGUGCUCCGAAUGCCUGUCACUCUACAAGGAACUCGCCGUGGAGUUUCUGCUGGACGCCGAGGACUCGGCAAAAACGUACGAGGAGCGCGGCAUGAAACGGGCUGAGGAGAAUUCCAGCUAUGAGCAAGGAAUCCGGGCAUUGGCCUCCAUUGACCGGACUCAGCAAAUCGAUGCGAUUACCGAGUACAAUCGCAUGAAGGACAAGCUGAAGGAAUACCUGCAGGCAUUCGCCGCCAGCAAGAAGGUUGUUACCGAGGAGGACAUCAAUCGGUUCUUUGCCGGCAUGCGCAAUGAGAAUAAUGCUAACCUGGGUCAGCCCUAUUUCUGUCGCUAAACGCUAAGCUCACUAAAUUAUUAUAGUAUUACCCACAUUCCCCCCAUGAAGAAAAUAUCAUACAUACACCAUGUAAAUUCUUAAGUUAUCUUUAAUGAUAAAAAAUAUUCAUUUUGGA